CCCAGACAGUCAAGUGGAAGUCUUGAAACACCUGACUGAUUCUCUUUUGUUUUACUCUUGUCUGAAAUCAAACCCCUUUUCCAUAACAACCUCAAUUAUACGCUCUUUCAACGUCCGUACAUUCAACCCAUUUUUAAGGUUAUAGGGCUGUUGAUCAUUUGGGAAAGGUGUAAUGGGAUCUCAAGAAAACCCAGUUCUUGCCUUGAAGCAAAAGACGCUUACCCCGAAAGCUAUUAUACACCAGAAAUUUGGGGCCAAUGCAGUGUACAAGGUCGAGGAAGUAAAGAAGUCUGCUGAUGAUGGAGGCCCGCGGCUUAAUUUACCACAGAAGGGUCCUUGCCUCUUUCAAUGUUCUCUGCAACUUCCGGAAGUUACUGUUGUUUCUGAGCUGUGUAAAAAGAAAAAGGAUGCUGAGCAAUCUGCUGCGGAGAAGGCUAUUGAAAAGCUCGGCAUUACCUUGAGUAUACCCACCGCGCAAGAAGCAGGGGAUGAAGUGGUUGGUCGUCUCUCAUAUUUAUUUUCAGAUACGUUCUAUACGACUGUUCAUCCGUUGAGUGGUCACUUCAGGGCAGCCUUGCUGAGAAAGGACCAAUUCUAUGGUUAUGUCCCUGUUUCCGUGAUAUCCUUUUUUGAUUCAAAGCUUUUAAAUUUAUGCAAAUGCAUAAAUCCUGAAGUUGAGACCAAUUCAUGGUUGGCGGUGCCACUAAUUUUGAAGGCUGCUGCUAGAGUACCAUUGUUAAUUUCUGAGGAUCAUCUUUCAAUACGAAGGCCAAGUCCCUAUCCUCCUGAAGUUCUGCAGGCUGUAGAUAAUCAGCUAUCAAACUUGCCAGAAAGCACUUGUAUUAGAGCAGUACGCAUCCCAUGCUUAGUUGAUAAGAUUGUUGAACCCUUGCUUUUUAAUAUUUCUAUUAAUGGGUACUAUCUUGAUGCUAUUGCACAAGAGCUUGGUGUAACGGAUGCCUCUAAAGUUCUGGUUUCCAGGAGUGUUGGCAAAGCUUCAUCAGAGACUAGAUUGUACUUCUGUACUCCACAGUCGUAUAUGCUGAAUGUAUCCUCGGAGUUGGGUGAAGAAAUAACAACUGAUGGAACUUUAAAUACAAGAGCAACUUUCCUAUCUGGUCAAAAGAUCUACGGGGAUGCAAUAUUAGCCUCAGUUGGGUACACAUGGAAGUCUACUGAUAUCUUCUAUGAAGAUGCAUCCCUGCGUUCAUAUUUUAGGAUACUUAUUAAUAAGGUGCCAGAUGGUGUUUAUAAGCUAUCUAGGGAGGCGAUAUUGGCAGCAGAAAUGCCUACAGCAUUCACCACAAGAAGCAAUUGGAGGGGAUCUUAUCCCAGGGAUAUCCUCUGUACGAUUUGCCGCCAGCAUCGGUUAUCUGUACCUGAAAUUAUCUCCUUGGAAAAUGCAGAAGUGCCAGGAGUACAUAAGAAAAUGAAGCUUACAGAUCCUCGUGAACAAGAAACAAAUGGAGGUGGUGUUGCUUUAGGUGUUGCUGGAGUCGGAGGAACUUUCAAGUGUAAAAUAAAAAUAUUUUCAAGGAGUCAGGAACUGAUUAUGUGUUGCACCCCAAAAGAAUCAUUUAAAAAGCAAAGUGAUGCCAUCCAGGAUGCUGCACUGAAAAUUCUCACAUGGCUGAAUAAUUACUUUCAAAACCCAGAGAUAUCUGUUGAGAACUUGACUACAUCUGGUCAUGAAAUUGAUAUCCAAUUUUAUCCGCAGUGCUUCUUUAAGGAGUUCAAACUAUACCAAUCAGUGCAUAAUUCUAGCAGAUUGCUAAAUUCUGACUGCUUGAGUAGAAAUACAGGGUUUUUAAAAUCUACCAUGUUUUCAGUAAAUGACAAUGAUCAAAUGUUAGGAGUUUCAUUAUCAACUGGGUCAUUGGCGUGCAUUAGUUAUAGCAUAUAUCUAUUGGCAGGAGAAUGCAUGAAGGAACAACUUGAAAGUAGUGAAGAGUUUGAAUUUGAGAUAGGGGUUAAAGCCGUGUCCCCCCAUUUUGAAGCUGUUGUGACACAGAUGUCUUUGGGUCAGUCAAUUUCUUAUAAUAAGGAAGUGCCGUCCAUUGAGUUAAUUAUGGCUGCUGCUACUGAUCCUGAAAGAAUUCUUUCGCUAUUGAAUUCAGGAGGCUGCAGUUUGGAGUACUCGAUUACUUUACUGCGGGUGACAGAACCCUUGGAGGAGAGAAUGGAGCAGGCACUCUUUAGUCCUCCUCUAUCGAAGCAGCGUGUUGAUUUUGCAUUGCAACAAAUUAAAGAAUCUUGUGCAGCUUCCUUGGUUGACUUCGGAUGUGGGUCUGGAAGCCUGUUGGAAUCCUUGUUAGCAUAUCCGACUUCUUUGGAAACGAUUGUUGGCGUUGAUAUUUCACAGAGGAGUCUUGCCCGGGCAGCCAAGAUACUACAUACCAAACUAACUACCAAAACAGAAGCUGGAAGUAGUAGAAUCAAAUCUGCAUUGCUUUAUGAUGGUUCAAUCACAAGUUUUGAUUCUCGGCUGUAUGGAUUUGAUAUUGGAACUUGUUUAGAGGUGAUUGAGCAUAUGGAGGAGGAUCAAGCCUUUCUAUUUGGUGAUGUUGUGCUAAGCAGCUUCCGUCCGAAAGUUCUGAUUGUUUCGACCCCAAACUUUGAGUACAAUGUAAUACUGCAUAAAUCUACUGUACAAGGUCCAGAAGAUGACCCAGACGAGAAAAAUCAAUCACAGUCCUCUAAGUUUCGCAACCAUGAUCACAAAUUUGAGUGGACCAGAGAACAAUUCAAUGACUGGGCGACAAAGCUUGCAGAGAGGCAUAACUACAGUGUUAAAUUCAGUGGAGUUGGCGGGGUUGAUGGUGUGGAACCAGGGUAUGCUUCCCAAAUUGCUGUAUUUAGGAGGGAAGGCGAUGACUUUCCGGAAAAUGUCAGCUCGGCUCAUCACUAUGAUAUAAUAUGGGAUUGGAGCAGCAACAGUUCAAGUUCACUCGAGUAAAUGUAGUAUAUUCAAUUUUUGCUCUAAUAUAUUCUCUUUAUAUUGGAGACACUCAUUUUCACGACUAGUGGAUGCACAUCAUUAGUUUAUGGAGAAGAUGGAGUUAAAAACUAAUUGCCUUGUCAGAAAGGCUAAUUUCUCAGUGAUAUAUUCGACCUGAUACCGUGCAUUACAGUAGUUUACAAGUUUUUCUGUUGA